GACAUCAGUCAGAGUCUGUUGAUCGUCGCUGCCGGGUCGCACUGCAGCUUUUGUUUUGUGCUAUAUUUUUUUUUUGCAGUUGUUGUAUAUCUAGCUUAAUGUUUUAAUUGACGCGUAACGGAUGUAAAGCAAACUCCAGCAGCAGCAGCAGCAACAUGACGGAUAAGGAAAAUGAAAUACUGCCCGCCGGCGAGCCCAGCGAGGCCUCAAACGCAGCCCCAGCCGCAGCUCCUGUAGUCCUUGCAGCACCCACAACCCCAACCCCAGCACCAACCCCAACCGAGUCUGCGCCUAGCGAUGCUCCGCUUGAGGUCUCUGCAGAAACUGCGGCAGCACCUGCAGCCGACUCCGAAUCCGAGUCGAAGGCCGAGACCAAUGGCAAAGCGCUGCUGGCGGUGGAGGCCAAGAAGCUGCCCGAUGGCCCCGAGCCGGAGCAGAAUGGCAAGGAAUGGCAGGAGGACAAGGACUUUAACAAUGUUGCCGAGGCCGAGGGACAGCAGAAGAAACUGCCGUACCCCAAGUCCGUGUUCUUCAUCAUCAGCAACGAGUUCUGCGAGCGCUUCAACUACUACGGAAUGCGAACUGUGCUGGUGCUGUACCUGAGUCGCCAGCUGGGAUAUGCGGAGGACACCGCCACAGUGGUCUUCCACGUGUUCACCAUGUUCGUGUACUUCCUGUGCGUGUUCGGAGCCAUCAUCUCGGACUCGUGGCUGGGCAAGUUCAAGACGAUACUGUACCUGUCGAUGGUGUACAUAUGCGGAUCGGUGCUGCUGACCCUGGGCGCCAUCGGGCCGCUCAAUCUGCCCGUGGAGACGUUCACGAUGCUCGGCCUGGCCCUGAUCGCACUGGGCUCGGGCGGCAUUAAGCCGUGCGUCUCGGCCUUCGGCGGUGAUCAGUUCAAGGUGCCGGAGCAGGUCAAGCAGAUAACUUCGUUCUUCUCGCUGUUCUACUUCUCGAUCAACGCUGGCUCGCUGAUCUCGACGACGGUGACGCCGAUACUGCGCGAGGAUGUCUCCUGCUUCGAUGACAUCAACUGCUAUCCGCUGGCGUUCGGUGUGCCCGCCAUCCUCAUGAUCGUCUCUGUGGUGAUCUUUGUGCUGGGACGCUCCCUCUACAAGAUGAAGCCGCCGGCGGGCAAUAUGGUGGUGCUGGUGUCCAGCACCAUCUGGACGGCCAUCACCACCAAGUGCAAGGAGAAGAAGACCAAUCCGCGGGAGCACUGGCUGGACUAUGCGGACAAGAAGUACGAGCGCCAGCUGAUCGACGAUGUCAAGGUGCUGAUGCGCGUCCUCUUCCUGUAUCUGCCGCUGCCCGUCUUCUGGGCACUGUUCGAUCAGCAGGGCUCGCGCUGGACCUUCCAGGCGACGCGCAUGGACGGCGACAUGGGCUCCUGGGACAUCAAGCCCGAUCAGCUGCAGGUGCUCAAUCCACUGCUCAUUCUCGUCUUCAUACCCCUGUACGAUGUGGCCUUCUAUCCGGCCCUCAGCCUGAUCGGCAUCCGGCGGCCGCUGCAGAAGCUGACAGCAGGCGGCAUCCUAGCCGGCGUUGCAUUCAUCAUCUCCGGCGUGGUGGAGCUCAAUCUGGAGAAAACCUAUCCCGACCUACCCUACAGCCAGAACAUCCAGCUGCGCGUCUUCAACACGGAGAACUGUCCCCUGACCUUCAUCAGCAAUCUGGCUGGUGCCGAGAGCUUCCAGGUGCCCGCCCUGGGCGCCUACACCAACAAGGAGCUGUAUGUGGCGAACACCUGGGAUCUGCAGUACUCGAUCAGCAGCACGGACCCCAACUGCCCGGACAUAGCGCACAGCGGAGCCCAAAGCUUGGCCCAAAAGAAGGCCUGGUCGUUGUUCAUCAACCCGGCGAAUGUCACUGGCACUGGCACCCAGAAGAGCUACUGGCAGGAGGACUUCGUCGACAAGCCCUCCGAGAGCCAUCCCCUGGUCCGGACCAUAGCCAAUGUGCCGCCCCAGAGCACGAUCGUGUGGCAGAACGCCAACAAGGGCGAUGUGGCCUACGAGCAGUACGCCAACGAGACGCUACUCACACGAGUGUAUUCCGCCAAAUAUGAUGUGUUCAUCGACCAGCAGCCCGUGGGAUCUGUCGAUGUUCAUGCCGGUGGCGUUUACACGCUGCUUGUCAAAGAGACCGUCGCCGGCACCAGCGGUGUGUACGACUUCGAACUGAUCGAAAUCACCGAGCCCAACUCGAUGAACAUCCUCUGGCUGAUACCGCAGUAUGUGGUCAUGACCCUCGGCGAGGUGAUGUUCUCGGUGACUGGCUUGGAGUUCUCGUACGCCCAGGCGCCGCCCAGCAUGAAGUCGGUGCUGCAGGCCUGCUGGCUGCUGACCGUCGCCUUUGGCAAUGUCAUUGUGGUGAUCAUUGCCGAGGCGGCGCUGUUCGAUUCGCAGGCCAGCGAAUUCUUCCUGUUCGCGGGCCUCAUGUUCGCCGACAUGCUGAUCUUUAUGGUGAUGGCCUACUACUAUCAGCCCAACGAUCCCAAUAAGGUGCAGGAAGAGGUGCAGCCACUGACUGGCGAUGCCAAGACCGAGAUACCGCCCCUCGUCGAGGGUGUCGAGAACAAGGGCAAGGACAUUGAUGAGUAGGCUAUGCUGCCCUGCUCCUGCUCCUCCUGCUGCUGUUAUGCUGCUCCUCCUGUGUUGUGUAUUAUAAAUAUUGUAUGUGUAUAUGUAUAUGUAUGUCAAUCCCCCUACACCCUACGAUUACGAUGCCUCCCCCCUCUGUGUCCAUUUCCAAUCUAAGUGUAAGUGAAGCUCUGGCCGUGGCCGUGGCCGUGCCGUGGCCGGUCGUUGUUGCAUCGGCGGACUGGACUGUCGUUGCAUAUAUGUAUAUGUAUAUGAAAAGACAUUCAUUUAGUUAAUCUAAUAAAAAGAAAA